CAAUGUGUGUGUGUGCUCACUCGAUGUGGACUCUCUCCUCUUCUCAAAGUAAUUUUCCUUCCUUUUCUCCUCUCCUCCAAUUUUUUCCUGAAGGGCUUUAGCGAGAAGGAAAAAAGAAAGAGGAGAGGGAGCGAGUGAAAGAAAUUUGGGCUGCAAUGCGAUGUUGUGGGUUUCCUUGUUUUGAUAGAGCCAGGGCGGUGGUAGCGGUUUUUCUCGUUUUCUAUUUGGUUUUGGGUGUGACUCUUGUUUUGGGCGAUGACGAUCGCGGCCGCCAGCGAUCCCUGACAAUCCAGCGCGUUCUAGAAAAGAUCAACAAGCCAGGCGUCGCCAGCAUCCAGAGUCCUGAUGGAGAUAUUAUCGACUGCGUUCCCAUCGCCAACCAGCCGGCAUUCGAUCAUCCAUUGCUGCAAGGCUCCAAGCUACAGAUCUCGCCAUCAAAUUCCUCGUUUCUUCUGGCCUCCAAGAGUGGCAGAAAGAUCCAGCAGCGAUGGCACCAAGCUGGCCAGCGUUGUCCCAAAGGCAGCAUUCCAGUCCGCCGGACGCUCGAGCUGGACGUGGAGAGAAUCGCUCAGCAGCGCGAAAAUCACUCGAUCGAUUCCUUUGCUCGAAAAUCCCAGGGCCCUCCACACGUAGACAGCCACAAAAGCUUGCAAGCUGCGGUACCUUCUAGCUCCAGGCAACACGAGCACGCAAUUGCGUACGCGGAGGGUGUGUUUUACGGAGCCGAGGCCGUGAUCAAUGUAUGGGAUCCGUCAGUAGAAGGUGCAGAUGAGUUCAGCCUCUCGCAAGUCUGGAUUCUCUCCGGAACUUUCAAUGUUGAUCUCAACAGUGUUGAAGCAGGCUGGCAGGUGAACCCCGCUCUCUACGGCGACAGGAAUCCCCGAUUCUUCACAUACUGGACAAGUGAUUCUUACCGUGGCACUGGCUGCUACAACCUUCUGUGCGAAGGCUUCGUGCAAAUCAACGACCAAGUCGUGCUGGGCGGAGCAGUCGCACCCGUUUCAUCACUUAACGGCGUCCAAUACGACAUCCGCAUCCUCAUCUUCAAGGACUUCAUAACCGGCAAUUGGUGGCUUCGCUAUGGAGACGAGCUCAUUGGCUACUGGCCUCCGCAGCUCUUCACUCACUUGGCCGGCUUUGCAAACGUGAUUGAGUGGGGCGGCGAAGUGGUGAACACGAGACCAAACAACAGGCACACGGCAACACAGAUGGGAAGCGGUCACUACCCGCAGGCAGGCUACGCGGUGGCCAGUUAUCUCAAAAACCUUCGUGUGGUGGAUCUCACCAGCUUGCUGCGCGGCCCGGCUAGCAUUUUUACGCUGUCCACCAAGCCCGACUGCUACAGUAUCCGAUCCUCGGGUGGAACUUUCUUUUACGGGGGGCCUGGAUUGAGUUCUUCCUGUCAAUAACAAACAAAUGUGUUAGACUGGAGGGAGGUGAUUUCAAGAGGAUGUUGGUGGUACAAUUCCACUGAUGAUCAAAAACGUCAAGAGAAGGGCAAAAAGAGCAGAUUGGCAUUCAAUUUGACUAAUAAGAUUGAUCUUCCAAUUUAUUCAUGUGAGAGACAAGAAAAACUAAAGUUUAAAAUGUUUAUAUGGUAAUAAGAACAACUGAAAUUUUU